AUGACACAAAACAUCCGGCAAGCGGAGGGUCUCCGACGAGAGAUCCCAUCGCACAAAGACAAGAUACUGCCCAAGGAUGGCGAAUCCAAUGUGUUGAUUACCUCUGCGCUACCAUACUGUAAUAAUGUCCCGCAUCUGGGUAACAUCAUUGGGAGCACGCUGAGCGCUGAUGUAUUUGCUCGUUACAACCGAACUAGAAAUCGUAGAACGUUGUACAUCUGCGGCACCGACGAGUACGGGACUGCGACAGAGACGCAAGCUCUGAAAGAGGGCAUCUCGCCGCGGGAGCUGUGCGACAAGUACAACACCCUUCAUGUCGAGACGUACAAGUGGUUCGAACUGAGCUUCGACCACUUCGGUCGCACCUCCACGCCAUUGCACACUGAGAUCUGUCAAGAGAUAUACUUGAACCUUGCCAAGAAUGGUUACCUAGAGAGGCAGACUAAAGAACAGACAUAUUGCGAAGGCUGUAAAAAGUUCCUCGCAGAUCGUUUUGUAGAAGGGACGUGUCCUUAUUGCGGAGCGGACGACGGCCGCGGCGACCAAUGUGAUGCGUGCGGACGGACGCUCGACGCCGUAGAGCUGAUCAACCCGCGCUGCCUGAUCGAUAAAACUCACAAGGUGACGACACGCUCUUCGGACCACAUGUACGUCAAGCUCGAUUCCCUGCAAUCGCGCACCGAGGAGUGGAUCCGCAAAUCGUGGAAAGCAGGCAAAUGGUCACCGAAUGCAGUCAUCAACUCGGACGGUCAGCUCAUCGAUGCGCGGCUUAAGGGUGGCCUGCGCCCGAGCCCGGUCACGCGCGACCUGACGUGGGGUGUUCCGGUUCCCAUCGUGGAUGGAGACGACCAUGGGAUGAAGGGGAAGGUUAUGUACGUUUGGUUUGAUGCUUGCAUUGGAUACCCCAGCAUCACUGCGAACUACACGUCGGAGUGGAAAAAGUGGUGGUUCAACCAGGAAAACGUCCGCUUGUACCAGUUCAUGGGCAAGGACAACGUGUACUUCCACACAAUCUUCUUCCCCUCCGUGCAAAUUGGCGACGGUCGCCCAUGGACGUCUCUGUUCCAUCUGUCUACUACAGAAUACCUGAAUUAUGAAGGCGGAAAGUUCUCAAAGAGCCAUAAUCGUGGCGUGUUCGGACCUGCUGCCAGAGAGACAGGUAUCCCAACCUCUGUAUGGAGGUACUACUUGAUCUCGACUAGGCCGGAGACCGCGGACGCCAUGUUCUCAUGGGCCGAUUGCAUUGCAGCCAAUAACAACGUGCUGCUGAACAACUUCGGUAACUUCAUCAACCGAGUCUUGAAGUUCGUGGUGUCGCAAUACAACAGUGUUGUGCCCGACGGCGGUGAUGCGCCUGGCCCUUAUUCCCCGAACGACGACGUAGAUGCCGACUUCGUUUCCGAGGUUAACGGCCUGUUGAAGGACUACAUCGACGCCAUGGAGUCCGUCAAACUUCGUCUCGGCCUGCAGACGGUCAUGUUGCUCUCCGCGCGGGGGAACUUGUACCUACAGUCUUCGCACCUUAACAAGACAUUGAUGAUGGAGAACCCGAAGCGCUGUGCGCAGGUAGUCGCGCGCGCGAUUAACCUAAUCUAUGUGCUCUCCGUGCUCAUUCACCCGUUCAUGCCGACGACUGAGGCGUCGAUCCUCGAGCAGCUGAACGCCCCCGCGCGGGCAGUGCCACAAGUAUUAGCGAACGACAUCUUCCCUGGACACCGCGUUGGUACGCCCGAGCAUCUCUUCAAGCGUAUUGACGAGAAGAUGGCGAAUGUGUGGCGUGUCAAGUUCGGCGGGAAUAAGCCAGUGGACCCCUCCCCUGAGCCGAGCGCCGACGCGACGCAUGUCGUGCCGGGUAUGUCGAAGCGGAAGACGACAGCGGCAAAGAAAGCUGCUGAUAAGGCUGCCGCUGCCGCUGCGCAGGACGCUACCCCAACGCCAAAGUCGGCAGAGGUGCUUGCUUGGGAGCAGAAGGUCGCGGAGCAGGGACAGGUGGUGCGUGAACUGAAGGGGAAGACACCCAAGACGCCUGAGCUGGAAUCGCAGAUCACCGCGGCGAUAGAUCAUCUCAAGAGUUUCAAGGAAGAACUGGCUGCAUUGCAACGGAGUCAAGUCUAG